AUGCUGCUCUCACACGGCGCCGAUGCCAACGUCGUGGACUCGCAAGGACAGACCUCCCUGCACUACGCGGCUAGCUCUGGCUGGCUGGACAUCAUGUGCCUGCUACUGGAGGCCGGCGCUGACGCCAACGUCGCCAAUACGAAGAGUGGGGCGACGCCGCUGAUGAAGGCGGUGACGGAGGGCAAGGAGGCGACGGUGCGGAUGAACUCCCUGUACAUGGCGGCUUGCUCUGGCCAGCUGGACAUCGUGCGCCUGCUACUGGAGGCCGGCGCCAACGCCAACGCCGCGGACUCGUACGGAGUGACCUCCUUGCACAUCGCGGCUUGCCCUGGCAGGCUGGACAUCAUGCGCCUGCUACUGGAAGCCGGCGCCGACCCCAAUGUCGCCGAGACGAAGAGCGGGGAUACGCCGCUGAUGUGGGCGGUGACGGAGGGCGAGGAGGCGGUGGUGCGGAUGCUGCUCUCACACGGCGCCGACGCCAACGCCGCAGACUCGUACGGACAGACCUCACUGUACCACGCGGCUUGCUUUGGCCGGCUGGACAUCGUGCGCCUGCUACUGGAAGCCGGCGCCGACGCCAACGCCGCGGACUCGUACGGAGUGACCUCCUUGCACAUCGCGGCUUGCUACAGGCAACUGGACAUCGUGCGCCUGCUACUGGAGGCCGGCGCUGACCCCAACGUCGCCGAGACGAAUAAGGGAGAGACGCCACUGAUGAGGGCGGUGGAGGAGGACGAGCAGAUGAUGGAGCGGAUACUGCUCUCACACGGCGUCGACGCCUACACCGCAGACUCGCAAGGAGAGACCUCCCUGUACCACGCGUCGCACGGACAGACCUCCCUGCACACGGCGGCUCUCUCUGGCCAGCUGGACAUCAUGCGUAUGCUACUGGAGGCCGGUGUAGAUCUAAACGUUGCCGCGACGGAAGAAAUGAAGAGUUUCACCGCGUUACACUACUCCUGUGAUCGACUUCGAACCGAGAUGAUUACUCACCUCUUGAAACACGGAGCUGACCCGAACCUCGUCGAUUGUAACAAGAGGACGCCGCUCGCUAUAAUAGGCAGCCAGGCGGAGGCCGGCGCCGACCCCAACGUCACCACGACGAAGAGCGGGGAGACGCCGCUGAUGAAGGUGAUGAGGAAGUGCGAGGAGGCGCAUGAGCGGGUGAAUAAGCUCACACACGACGGCGACUACUUGGACAGACAGGCCAGCAUAUACCAGUACCUCGAGACUUGCUCUGGCAGGCUAGACAUCAUGCGCUUGCUACUGGAGGCCGGCGCUGACCCCAACGUCGCUGAUACGGACAGCAGGGAUACGCCGCUGAUGAUGGCGAUGCUGCUCUCACACGGCGCUGACGCCAACGCCGCGGACUCGUACGGAUGGACCUCCCUGUACGACGCGGCUCGCUCUGGCCGGCUGGACAUCAUGCGUCUGCUACUGGAGGCCGGUGCCGACCCCAACGUCGCCGAUACGAGCGGGGAGACGCCCAUGAUGAUGGCGGUGAAUAAGGUUGGAAAAGCGGGUGGAGCAUUGGGAAGCGGUGGUCCCAAGGCAUAUUUAAGUGCUGUCCAUGCUUUGGCAAUCCUCCAGGCUUAA